GCUUAUUGGUCGUCGUGACUUCCAAGGUCGGACAAGUUAUGAAUUAUUAUGAUAACGAAGGUGCAAUUGAGAAAAUUAAAGCAGUUCUAGCGGAAACAAAAACGCCAUAUGCAUUUGGCUCAUGUCAGGAACGAUCUCUCUAUCCAGAAGCUAUACCUCAUCAUCGUCUUGGUAUAACACUGGCACCAAUAAAUGGGAAUGGAUUUGUUGGACCGACAACCUAUGACAUUGAAACUUCAAUGGCUAACAAGUUCAACAAGAAGAUUAUCAGUACUCGUGGGUAUAUAUUGGGAGCUAGAACAGCGCGUAGAAUGAAUAAUCACUUACGUAAUUCAAAUUUUCCAGAUCCUGGAGCUUAUCAAAAUUUUGUGAACAAAUCUUUGUUGGUCAAACUAAAUAAAGUACCAUUUAAUCAGUCCACACGUAGAAUAGAUAAAUCACUAAUCGGUGCAUCAACUGUUGGUGUUGGUACCUAUAAUGUAACUAAACAAUUAGAUCAACAUAUACAAUGGCAAAUGGAUACCAUGUUACAUCCUGUGAAUUUGCCUAAAAUUCAAUACAAUAGUACAAUAUUAAUGAAUACAGAUAAACUUAAUACAACGACUGAAUGUAAACGAUAUCAAAGAAAAUUAGCAUAUUUAAAAUUAUAUUAUAAUUAACAAUUAGCUACCAUUUGAAUGACGAAGGAGAAGAAGAUAAAGGAAACUAGUAAAUGUCAUUCUGUACAGCUAUUCUAUAUAACUAUUGUGUUACCAAGAAUAAAG